AUGGGCAAGGACAAGGUUGAGAAGGACAAGAAGCGCGCUGAGAAGAAGGAGAAGCGUGCUGAGAAGGACGGUGUGCACAAGGCCAAGAAGGAAAAGAAGGACAAGAAGGACAAGACCGUUCUCGCCGAUGCGGUAGAGAAGGAGAUCAACUCUCAGGUCCAGGAGACCUUGGAGCAGGCUGCUUCCGCUGGUGCCGUUGACGCUGAUGUCGAUGUUAUGGCCGUGGACCGCCCCGUUGGUGCCGUCGUACCUUUUGCCAACCCAUUGGUCGAGGACAAGCAGGCCAAGAAGGUGCUCAAGAGCGUCAAGAAGGCUGCCGUCAACAAGUCUCUCAAGCGUGGUGUCAAGGAGGUUGUCAAGGCCCUUCGGAAAUCCACCAUCCCUGCUCCCAACGCUAAGAUUGAGAUCCCCUCGGGCGUCGUCAUCCUCGCCGCGGACAUCUCCCCCAUGGAUGUCAUCUCCCACAUUCCCGUUCUGUGCGAGGACCACGGUAUUCCUUACGUCUUCGUCACUUCUCGCGCCGAACUCGGUGCCUCUGCUGCCACCAAGCGCCCUACCAGUGUUGUCAUGGUGACCCCCAAGUCCUCCGGCAAGAACAAGAAGCUUGACGAGGGUGCCGAUGGCGAGGACUUCAGCAAGGUGUUCGAGGAGCUGGCCAAGCUGGCUGAGAAGGAGGCUAAGAAGCUGGUUGUUUAA